GGAUAUCAAACCUUAUCAUAUCUAACACAAGUCACUAAAAUUCUUUAUGGCGUUGCUCUCUCACGGCUCCUUCUCCGGCGCGGCCAUUUUCCGCCACGCCGCCACACCGCGAAGCCCGAUUCCAGUCGUGAUAAGGGCCGUGCAAUCCGCCGAGAACGAGAAGAAGGUUGCUGACACCAAAGAUGAGCAAAAACCUCCUCCGGCUGCUGCUGCCAAGCCCAAGAAACCAGUUUACUCCAUGAAGAAGGGACAGAUCGUCAGAGUCGACAAGGAAAAAUAUCUCAAUAGUGUAAAUUAUCUAUCAGUCGGGCAUCCGCCUUUCUACAAAGGGUUGGACUAUAUAUACGAAGACCGGGGUGAGGUGCUGGACUUGCGCAUAUUCGAGACCGGUGAAUACGCUCUUAUUGCAUGGGUUGGAAUACCAACUGCACCAGCUUGGUUACCAACAGAAAUGCUAAUACUGUCGGAUAAGCUGGAUUACGAGAGAAUAUAAUACAGAUUAAUGCCGAUGGAGAUCAAAGUAAUCAUGUUUGGUAAUUGUGAUUAGAGUUGCAAAAUGUUGGGUAUUGAUAAAUAUUAUGUUAAUAAUUCCUUCAUUUUAUCAGUAACUUAAUAAAGUAUGUAAAUCAAUUUCAAGUAUUAUGUUGCUGCAA